AUGGAGGGAGCCAUUUUCUACUCUCUGGAUGUCAAAAAGUAUGCGAGGGUUAGCGUGAGAUUCUGGCAAGCUGACUGCUCCGCUGAUCAUUUCUCCCUAGAUGUGAAACCUGGCAAUGUCAUGGUCGACUGGAAUCUAGACGAGCAGGGCCAAGUUCAAAUAGAAAGAGUAGCGUUGAUUGAUCUCGACGUCUCCCUGAAACUAAAAGGCAAUAUAUUACUCCGGAUCCCCGGUAUGCAGAGGCUAGGAAAUUUUAUGUGGCGUAGUCCAAAAGCACAAACGGGCCAGAGAAUAGGUAAACCAUCGGAUGUGUUUUCGUUUGGACUUGUGUGUACAUACACUCUCACAGGCAGAGAGAUCAUGGCAGUUGACCACCAGGAGCUAUAG